AUGGACUAUCAACAGUCUAGCGGAGAAUCUAUGGGUCUCGAUAAACCCCUCGCGCUUCAUGAUGCCCACGCCACGAUUCAGUACAAUCUAGACAAUCUGAAAUGGCUCACCAUCAAUCGCCGACAGAUCUUGGAAUCAGGGUUGGGGCGGGCUUCUCAACUCGCAGACAGUUUCGCGGACCCGAUUCACAUUUCCAGUGAUAUCACUGUCAAUGUAGAGCAGAUGAACCCGCCUUCUCUUGAAUUAUUAGCCUGGAUGUUGAAAGUAGACAUCAAGGAGGCGAGGCUUGGCCCUUUUGUUAGUGACUACUUCAGACACAUAUCAGAAGCAACACUUGAGAAAAUGGGACUUAGUCUCAUUCAUGGGACCGGGUCGCCCCAUGACUUGAUCAUCAGCACUGUUUGUGUGAAUGCGAUGGUCUCCAAAUUUCUGACUGCCAUCAGCAACGCUAGAAUCGACAGUGAAUUGAUCUACGAACUGACACAUACCGUGGUUCAAUUCCAGCUAGCAGCAAAAUUAGCCCUUCAGAGCAUCUCCCUCUUAACGACUCCUUCGCUCGGACUCUUACAGGCGCUUCUUUCUGGUAUAUUCCUUCAUCAAGGAUCCGGGGAUAUCACUACAUGCUGGGACCUUACCAAAGCUGCCUGCAAGGUGUGUAUAAGUCUGGGUCUUGAUACUAUUGUCAAGAUAGGAGGUGCUCUGAGUGAAGAGCAGUAUUACUGUCUCGCGUGGUGCUAUAUACUGGAUAAGAAUUUUUCUUUCAAAAUGGGAACAUCCAAAAGUUUACUGGAUAUUGAACUUCCACACAUCACUUCCGGCAUGUCGAGCCAUCAGCAUCGUACCUCAGACCUCUUUGGAAUUUACACCAGUCUUGCUAGGGUUCAAGCUACUCUCUUGCCGUACCUUAGGGGGCGCUCCUUGGCACUGGCAGGAGGUGGUUUAUUAUAUUCCCAUGGAAUGGGGGAACAUUUGUUGGUGAAUAUGCAACAGAUUCAAGAGAGGAUUGAGCAUAUCUCAUGUCCGUAUCCGGCUUGGAAUGGCCUAGAUACUCAGUCUGAGAUAUCGGCUCUUCAAUUCGCCUACCAUUCAAUUAUGACGACCAUCUUCAACAUAUUUGAGGAUGUAGAAAACCCGGCUAUUGAUAUACGGAAACAGGUGGCCUUGUUGCACUGGACACUUCUCGUCUACCCUAUUACCGCAUACUUCGUGCUAUUCUGCAAUGUCGUCGCAACAUCCGAUACUGAUGACUUUAAACUCAUGAAGACGAUUGUCGAUUGCUUGAACCAGAUUGACACAACAAGCCGUCCAAUUUUUCAAGUACGGACGAUCUUCCACCACUUUUUAUCUCUCGCUGGCGAGAUUUUUGACGAUGAGUCAAACUCAGUGGUGAUAGCUCAAGGUCAUCAAGACUAUGAUAUACAGUCUCAGUCAAGUGCUUCACAACAUUGGUUGCCUGACGACCUAUUUCUAUCUUCGACGGGUGGCACCAUUCCUCCUUUUACACCAUCUUUCCUGGAUGGAAUAAACGAUUUCUCUGAUAUUUCCAUUUUUCCAGAGAACGAGAUGCUUAUACCCUUUGGCGAUGAUUUUCCUGAUCUCGGGAGUGACCAUACCAUCUAA